GGUAGAGCGAUUCGGAGUCUAAAAACCUACCAACUCCCGUACGGGGCAAAUCAUUGUACGUCUGCUGCUAGUACGAACAGGAUGGCAAAGUACUGCGCAUUAGCUUUUUUGGUGACCGUACUGAUUGCGCACGCGUCGGGCGAGAUUCGGUCGGCGCAGGAUGUCGACUGGAGCCAGGUACGUCGAUUCUACGAUCCAAGCGUACCGGAUCGACGCAUCAACAACGGACAGAUUGCAACGCCAACCGAUGUCCCGUGGGCCGUCGGAUUGCUUGUGUCGCUCGCGUCCGGAACGAGCUUCUGCGGUGGUGCACUGAUUUCUCCGACUCACGUCCUCACUGCGGCGUCCUGUGUGAAUGGUCAAUCGUCGAUUACGGCCAUGUUGGGUGCGAGCACCAUUGCAACGACGUCGGACUUUGUGCCGGUCUCUCAUGUGCGAGUCCAUCCGGAUUACAGUUCGUUCCUGGAGCGAGACGAUAUCGCCAUCCUUACGCUGGCCCGUCAGCCUCGCUGGAAUGAUCAAAUCCAGAUUAUCAACCUACCUCGCCGCAUGUACAUUGGUCACUCGUUCAACAACUACGUCGCGACGAUCUCGGGCUGGGGUGAAACGGGAACCAACACGGGCGAACCUCUACCCAUGCCGAACCUUCGCUUCAUCCGAAGCCCGGUCAUCACCAACCUGAGCUGCGAGCUGUCCUUCCUGCUGAACAAUAUCCGAGGUACGCACAUCUGCACCUCGACCGAUGGUGGCGCACCGUGCGUCGGAGACCAGGGCGCACCGGUGACGGUGACCGAGAACGGUGAAACCUUCCUGAUCGGUAUUCACGUGUUUACGGCAUCGCGCUGUGAACGGGGCCGUCCGGCGGUGCACGUUCGUCUCACGGAGUACAUGAACUGGCUCGAGCUGAACACUGACGCACUGAUCCGACCGAUACGGCGUAGACUGUGGGUGAUGUUCGCUGUAGUGUUCGGGAAGCGUAGACAAGCAUCAAUGGCAGGCUCUUCGUCGUGGGAUCAGUUCGGAUUCUGGCUAGCAGCAGCGGUCCUGUGCUGCUGCUUCAUCACACCAAGCUCAGGCAAUCCGCUGCUGGACGCACCAGACAGACGCAUCAACAAUGGCGUUGAGGCUGGUCCUACCGACAUUCCGUUUGCGGCGGGUGUGCUCGUGACCCGUCCCUCCCAGACCUACUUCUGCGGAGGUACCCUGAUCUCUCUGCGCCACAUCCUGACCUCUGCCAACUGUGUGAAUGGCUAUCGUACCAUCACCGUUAUGCUCGGCGCGUACGACAUGACCAUGGUGCAGGACUUCAUUACCGUCUCGUCCGUAUUGGUUCACCCCAACUUUAGCUCGUUCUUCUACACGAACGAUCUAGCCAUCUUGACCCUGUCCCGUCCAGCACAGCUCAGCGAGCGUGUACAGAUCGCACAGCUUCCCAGCCGUCUGUACAUUGGACAUUCGUUCAACAACUACGAAACGACGGUCGCCGGAUGGGGACGAACCGGGUCCAAUACGGGGGAGGUUGUCCCCGUGCGACGUCUCCUUUACUUCCGGGCCAGGGUCAUCACCAACACGAGCUGUCUGAUUAGCUUCCCGCUCUAUCUCAGCUCAACGAACAUCUGUACGUCGACCGGAGAAGGUGCGGCCUGUGUUGGAGAUGAAGGUGGCCCCGUGACGGUGACAGAGAAUGGACAGACCAUCCUGAUCGGUGUACAUUCGUACGGAUUUUCGAUGGGAUGUGAGCUUAGCUGGCCAUCGGUACACACGCGCAUCACGGAGUAUCUCAUGUGGAUCGAAAACAAUUCGGACGCUGUUGUUAUGUGAAUAAAGACCGUUCUUGUCGGGGGAUUUUCUA